GCGGCGUCAUGUUCAGCUUGCUCUGCGGACUUUGGACCUGGCUGCUCCAGAAGGAGGAGAGGCGCAUGGUGCUGCUAGGUGUGGACAAUGCGGGGAAGACCACGACCUUGGAGCAGCUCAAGGCGCACUUCGGGCUCAAGGCGAUGCCAAAUGAGAGGAUCCCACCCACCAUCGGCUUCAACAUCGGAAGGAUACAGAUCGACAAGGUCAUCGCCGUGUUCUGGGACCUGGGUGGCCAUGCCUCCUUCCGCUCGGUUUGGCACAACUACUACCCCGAGGUGCAAGGGGUGAUGUUCGUGGUGGACUCCGCCGACGCCGCGCGGCUGGAGGAGGCGAAGAAGACCUUGCUGGAGGUGGUCAGCCACGAGCAGCUGCAGAAGGUCCCGCUGCUUUGCCUUGCCAACAAGCAAGACAAGCCAGAGGCGCUAAGCGUGCAGGAGCUGUCGCGGAUCUUCGAGUUCGAGAGGGUCUUCAGCGACCGGCCCUUCCACGUGCACCCUUGCUGCGCCUUGCAGGGCCAGGGCCUCGAGGCGGCGGUGAGGUGGCUGCUAGCAGAAGCCGACAAGUUUGCGAAGAAGUGA